UGGCUCCUCCACGUUCACGGGGUCUCUCCUCCCCGGGGCUGCAGCAGGAGGAGCCCUCUGUGGACAGGGGAUGGUAGCAGUGCUGUGAGGCGCGGGUCAAGGCUGGACUCUCCCCCGGCGACACGAGCAGCAUGGUGUCCCUGUCUCCCUCUCCUUGCAGCGGCGUCAGGUAGUUGCUCAGGUGCCUUCCUUGAACUGAUGAGUGCUACAGUCCUCCAUUCAAAGAACUCUAAAAAAUGAAGCUACAUCUAUGCUCCGGUGCAUCUUUUAUUACUUCUUUUGGGUAAAUGAGGAGUAGUCAUGUUAUUAUGCUGACAUCUAAGCAUGAAUUUGGUAGACCUGUGGCUAACACGCUCUCUCUCCAUGUGUCUGCUCCUACAAAGCUUUGUUCUGAUGAUACUGUGCUUUCAUUCUGCCAGUAUGUGUCCCAAAGGCUGUCUGUGCUCUCAUUCCGGAGGCUUAAAUGUCAGUUGCAGUAAUGCAAAUCUCAAGGAAAUACCUAGAGACAUUCCCCCGGAAACUGUUUUGCUCUACUUAGACUCUAAUCAGAUAACCUCUAUCCCUAACGAGAUUUUUAAAGAUCUCCAUCAACUGAAAGUUCUCAACCUAUCCAAAAACGCCAUUGAGUUUAUAGAUGAACAUUCUUUUAAAGGUGUAGCAGAGACCUUACAGACCCUAGAUCUGUCGGAUAACCAGAUUGUAAGCGUCCAUGAAAAUGCUUUCAAUAACUUGAAGGCAAGGGCCCGGAUUGCUAACAACCCAUGGCAUUGCGACUGUACUCUUCAGCAGGUUCUGCGAAGCAUGGCAUCUAAUCAUGAGACUGCGAGCAAUAUUAUCUGCAAAACAGCCGUGCUGGAUGAACAUGCGGGACGGGCAUUGCUGACUAAUGCUAAUGAUGCUGAUCUUUGCAAUCUUCCCAAAAGGACAACAGAUUAUGCCAUGUUGGUCACUAUGUUUGGCUGGUUCACCAUGGUGAUAUCAUAUGUGGUAUACUAUGUACGGCAAAACCAAGAGGAUGCAAGACGUCAUCUUGAAUACUUGAAAUCCCUGCCAAGCAGGCAAAAAAAACCUGACGAAGCUGAUGACAUUAGCACUGUGGUAUAGUAUUUGAUGCAGGCUUAGGCAAUUUGUGGUUAAGCCAGAAAAUAGCAGAAAACGCCAAGUGAUUUGGUCCAACAGGAGCU